GAAAGCUGUAGCAGGAAGUGGAGUAGCUGAAGGGAAACGGUGGCCAGUUUAGGAUUUGAAUCUAUCAUACAACUUCCAUAAUCUAAAAACAUCUACAUUAAUAUGGCAGACCAAAAGGACCAGGAUGACCAUGACACUACUGCAGAUAAUGCAGAGGACUCAAAUCAUGAUCCCCACUUUGAGCCAAUUGUGUCCCUUCCUGAGCAGGAUGUGAAAACAUUAGAAGAGGAUGAAGAGGAACUCUUCAAAAUGAGGGCCAAACUGUAUCGCUUUGCCUCUGAGAACGACCCUCCAGAGUGGAAAGAGAGAGGAACAGGUGAUGUCAAGCUGCUGAAACACAAAGAGAAGGGCACAAUCCGCCUCCUUAUGAGGAGAGACCGAACCCUGAAGAUUUGUGCCAAUCAUCACAUUGUACCUUUGAUGGAGCUCAAGCCCAAUGCUGGCAGCGACAGAGCCUGGGUGUGGAACACACUAGCAGAUUAUGCUGAUGAAUGCCCCAAACCUGAACUACUGGCUAUACGCUUUUUAAAUGCAGAAAAUGCUCAGAAAUUCAAGGUGAAGUUUGAUGAGUGCAAGGAGGAGGUCAGAAAAAAUCUCAAGGAAACAGGCAACACUGAUAGCGCAAACAAAGUGGCAGAGAAACUAGAGGAACUCUCUGUAAAGGAAAAGGACAAAAAGGAGACUGAGAAGAAAGAAGAGAAAAAAGAGGUGAAGGCUGAGGAGAAGAAUUGAGAACCAAGAACUUGCUUUGCUGAACUUCAAUUUAUCAGUUUUUCCUCUUUUUCUACAAUAGACUCUAAAUGAACUGAAUUUGGACACUUGCAUAUUAGUUAUUUUUAUUAUCUGUUUUGCCUCAAGAUCACAAGUCCUUGAUGCCACUGGGAAAAAAACAAUAUAGUGAAUUUAAGAAAAGCCCUUCCCUCCCCUUCCUUUUCCCCCUCUUUGCACCAUGGAAUGCCACGCUUUCCAUCGAUGUCAUCUACAGUUCAAUGUUACUUUAACAAACUGUGAAAAGAGGCUUGUGAUAGUGAUAAUUCCCACAUUGGGGUAUUUUUUUUGUUUUGUUUUUGUUAUUCUGAAGCAGAGUUUGUUUGUAGCAGGAGAGAAUAAUGUAACCUGCUCAUUAGCAGUAUAGGGUCAGGGACCAGGCAUUAUGGAGGUACAUUAUAAAUAUUAGACCCCAUGAUGUAUCUCAGCGGGCCUUCUUACCCUGUCCACUGUCCAUGCUUCCACUGUUAGAAACAGCAAGUAAAUGAAGACUUGUCAGUGGCUGCCUUGUAGAAAUAGUUUUAAGUUCCUUCUUUCACCAGUUCUGCUGGGAACUGGUUUGAAGAGGAAUCCACUCCAGACAGUAAAGCAGCCAUCUGAUGUGUGUUGCGGACUGCAGCGUCCACUGAUAGCUGACUGAUGGGGAUCAGAUGCACUUAGUGAAGCAUUUUUUUUUUCUUUCUUUUUUUUUUUUUAAAUCUGAAAAUCAUCAAGUCCAAAGUCAACGGUUCAUCAGAGUUUGGUGCAGCUACUCUGACUUAAUUUCCUCAUCAGGAAAAGUUUGUAUUUGUUGAAUCAUAACAUUCCCAGACUUAAAGCAUGUUGAGUAUAUGUAAUGGAGUGUGCCCUAUCUGAUCUGUGUGCUCACCAUCGUCUCCUUUCCACUAAUUGAGUUCUUAACCUUGCCUCUAAAGUGCAUCUAAGUGCCAGUGCAUCUGUAAAUACAUGUAUAUGGAUGAAAUGUUGCUUUUCAUUUGUACUCAAAUGAUUUGAAAUGUUUCUUCCACCUUCGAAUAAAAGCUGUCAAAGACCA